GAGGGGCGUGAUCACUACGGACAGCGGAGAGCCGUGCUACGGGAGGAGCGAGCAGCGUGUUUCCGGGGGUCAUCUAUCGAGUGACGCGGAGCACACGCGGCAAUGGAAACCGAGUUUCGGGAAAUCGAUGAGCUCGGGAACUGGAACGCCGUUUACCAGGAGAUUAAGCAGCAGUCCAGUGACCUACCAUGCAAGCUCGCCAAACUUCCAGAAAACAGAAGUCGUAAUCGCUACAGAGACGUCAGUCCGUUUGACCACAGCCGUAUUCGUCUACAGAUCGGCGGUAAUGACUACAUCAAUGCCAGCCUGAUCUCAGUGGAUGAAGCUCAGAGAAACUACAUACUAACUCAGGGUCCGUUACCAAACACAUGUGGUCAUUUCUGGGAGAUGGUGUGGGAGCAGCGCUGCCGAGGGGUCGUGAUGCUGAAUCGUGUCAUAGAGAAAGGCUCGAUAAAGUGUGCUCAGUAUUGGCCUCAGCGAGAGGAGAGGGAGGCUGUUUUUGAAGACACAAAUUUCAGACUUACUCUGAUCUCAGAGGAUGUGAAAUCGUACUACACUGUACGACAGCUGGAGCUGGAAAAUCUGUUGACACAGGAAACACGGGAGAUUCUUCAUUUCCACUACACCACAUGGCCAGAUUUUGGCGUGCCAGAGUCGCCUGCAUCUUUUCUCAACUUCCUGUUCAAAGUGCGUGAGUCGGGCUGUCUGAGCCUAGAGCACGGUCCUGUCGUGGUCCACUGCAGCGCUGGUAUUGGCCGCUCUGGAACGUUCUGCCUUGUAGACACCUGCCUUCUACUGAUGUCUCAGAGGAAAGAUCCAACAUCAGUACGCAUCCAGGAAGUCUUGCUGGAAAUGCGGCGAUACCGCAUGGGUUUGAUCCAGACAGCUGACCAGCUGCGUUUCUCUUACCUCGCUGUCAUAGAGGGUGCCAAGUACAUAAUGGGAGACACGUCUGUACAGGAGUCAUGGAAGGAGUUAUCAAAUGAGGAGGAUCUCCCCCCUCAAUUAACUCCUCCUCCUCCAAGACCACGGCCCCGAAUAGACCCACCUAACGGCAAAGGCGACCUGGUGAACUCUGACACCACCACCUUCUUCAGUGAGAUAAUAAAAAACAGCGCAGAAAUCUGUGCAAACAGUGCGCCCCAGACAUUCACAGAUGGGUCAGAGCUUCGCAAACGGGCAGUCGGUGAGGUCGGAGCGACGUCGUUGUUAAGCGAACCCGAAGAACCAGUUGUUCCAAGAGAAGCCCCUCCCAAACCUGCACGGUCUCCGCCCAAGACUCCCACGGAGGAGGCGACUCCUGUUGCUGCCAAUGAAGCGUGGAGCCCCUUGCUGACCAGUGUGUUUAUGUGCACAGUACUGGCUGUAGGUGCUUAUGCCUGUUACCGCACCUAUUUCCACUGAUGCCCUCUUAUUCCCAUCCGUCUCUUUCUCUAUCCCUCCAUGUUCUGGCUGUUGGCGGGAAAAGAAAAAGAGAGACACACACAGACACUCACACUUUCUCAGCUGGACCUGUCUCUCUCAGCUGGGCCCGUCUCACUCUCUCCGAAUGUCUUUGGGAAAGAGUUUCAGAGACUUUUCUUAGCCAAACUGCUGUCGCCUCCCUCUACACACACAUACUCAUACACACAAUCUAAUAAAUGUGUGUCCGUUUAAAACCUCAGGGCCUCACAAUUCAGGUGUUGCUACCCAAACGUUAAACACAGGUAAGAGAAAAUCCAAAAGACUCUGUUGUUGCUGCAGUAAGGGAACUUUUCGUCUGUGUGUAUGCAUCUCUAUCAUUUUUUUUUAAGUCUCAGAAGGAGCUACACAGGAGGUGAGCUUCUCUUAUACAUGCUGAAAACACAAAUCUGCUGUACAUGAUUGAAAAUCUGUUUGUAUUUGUGCGUUUUGGAGAAAAGGGAGAUCAUGAGUAGUCUGGGAUGUCUAAUACCAUCAAGUGCUCUGUUAGGCUACUGUCACAGCGGAAAACAUCCCAAAAGCUUUUUCUUUUCAUUCUUUUUUUUUUUUUUUUUCAGCCUCAGCUUUAGUUCAUACUCCAAAGGUGACACUUGUCUGUAUGAGGAAAAAAGAUCAAGUGACUGAUGCACCGGCCUCUCGUUCAUUCAUUCUUUCCCUUUGUCAAAUCAGAACAGUUAAAAUGCUGGUGCUGGAUGCCACUUUCAGAACAAACCUCAGUUAGAUCAGCUGGUUCUCCAGAGGCCCUGCUACAGCCAUUUAGUUUAUCCAGAACUCGCAUUUCAUUUUUCAUUGAACUGAAAUACUAAAAUCACUUCAAAUCAGGCAAGCAUUCUUACUAGGAUUUUCAUGUCAAAAUUUCACUUAAUGCCAGCUCUGGAAAUCAAGGUAAAGCAAGUUAACCUGACUGAUUGAUUGUAACAACAAAAAUGUGGCAGCAGGUGGCAGUAUUAAGUAUGAGAUUUUUCACUUGUAUUCUCCUUUAGAGAAUAGUGACUCAUGGGACAGGGUUUGAAUUUUAUAUUUACCUUUUUUCCUGCUGCAAUACAGAUACAGUCAUGCUUCUGGCCUAAAUGGUGUGCGUUGAGUGCAGGAGGUCAGAAUUACCAAAAAACGUAAAAAACAACACCAGCACUGAAUGAAUGCAAAGAGAGGAACCGACCAGUGACAGUGAGCUGUCUUUGUGUUUUACUGUUUUAUUAUAUUAUUGUCAUAGUAAUUAUUAUAGAGCGAGAUUAAACAUUUCCUUCGAAUCAAACCAUGCUGCAGAACUGUUACUUUUGAACAAUGUGUGAACAAGUCUAAUGCAGUAACCUCGAAACAAAUGAAGCCUCUUCUGUAUUGAGGCCUGAAACGCUUUUAAUUGUGACAUUGUGUGGUGACUCUUUGACUGCUGCUUGACCAGUCCAGAAUGGCAAUUUUUGGGUUGCUAGGUGGUUUUUCCUGCUUGUAGAAGUUCAAUGUUUCACACACUGAAGCUGUUGAUGUUUGGUUUGAAGGUUCUGUUGUAACAGAGUACCACCAUUCAUUGUAGUGACUCUCAGAAUCCAGUCCCAUUGCUGGACCACAGAAUGUAAAGUCUCUCUUCUUGCCGGCUUUAUUUACACACAUAUAUAGAGAAAUUUAUUUGUCUGUGUCAUUGUUUGUCUUCUUUCAGUUAUCUUUGGGCUGGUAGACAUCAGACUUCCUUGGCCUUUGUAUAGGAGGCUUAAGAAUUUCUUUCUCCCCUCCCAGCAUCAUGUUGUGUCCUUUUUAAUGUUGAUUUAUCCGUUUUUUUUUUUGUUUUUUUUGUGUGUUGUUGUAAGAAAGGCAUAUGCUUUGUUGCAGUUGGAUGUAUUGACAUUUGAAAUUUUUAUUUUUUGGACGGAAUACAAAGCAGACGCUGUGGUAAUAAACAUAUAAAUCUCUGAUUCUAC